CUCCUCUCUCACUCUUUCGCUCACUCUCUCUGCAGCCUCACACUCUCCUCUCUCCCCUCUCUCUGUCUCACACACUCUCAGACACUCUCACCCCCGCUCGCUGCUGCAGACAUGGCCGAGGCUUUUGUUGGAACAUGGAACCUGAAGGAGAGUGAGAAUUUCGAUGACUACAUGAAGGCACUGGGUGUGGGUUUUGCCACCCGCAAGGUUGGAGGACUCACCAAGCCCACUACCAUCAUCUCAGUGGAUGGUGGCACCGUGACUGUGAAGACCCAGAGCUCUGUGAAGAACACGGAGCUCAGCUUCAAGCUGGAUGAGGAGUUCGAAGAGACCACCGCCGAUGAGAGGAAGGUUAAGUCCAUUGUAAAAAUAGAGGGCGGGAAGAUGGUGCACGUACAGAAGUGGGACGGCAAAGAGACCAGUUUGGUCCGAGAAAUCAAUGACAAGGCCCUCAUACUGACACUUACAUUGGGAGAUAUCGUUAGCACACGUCGCUAUGAGAAGGCAUAGUUAAAACCGAACCCAGAGUCCCCCCCCCUCCCCCUCCGCAUCAUUUGAAGCACCGGUGCCUCGAUCUACGUUGACGGCAACUCAGCCCAGGCCAAGCGGCCGGACGCCCUGUGCGUCUCCUGCAGAUUCCCCCCCUCCCCCUUCAGUCUGACUGAUCAUGUUUUCACUGCGACCUCCAUCUUCCCUCCUGUCCCUCUCUUCAUACUUUUGUUCAAACACUGAAUAAAUUCCAAUGAGUUGUUGUUGUUUUGUUCUCUAAGCAGGCCUGUGGAUCUUUUUUUUGAAAAAUGUGUUAUGCAUAACAUAUGCUAUGAUAAACCGGGAAGUGUUAAAUACGUUUUUGUUGAAACUAUUGAGACCUGAAAAAUAAAAACGUUUCCUCACA